AAUGUAUCUCUAAAAUUGUGAAAGUGCAACUAUCAAAUAUCUUUAUAAUGUUUAAGUUUGUGAAAAAUAUUACAAAUUUCUUCAGCUGUAAAUAUGUAAUGAUGUUUACUUUAGAUGCUGUCAAUGGGUCCAUAUUGUACAUUUUUGCAUCUAUCCAUAAAACAAAAGUGUAUGUUUUCCUAUAUAUGUCACGUAGUAUUACCUACAAGUAAUGAAUGAGAGCAGGCUGUCCUCCUUAACGUUAUAUUGUAAGGUGUUGUAAAAUAUUAUAGUGUCACUGAUCAUCAGUAAAAAUCAACUACUAACCAGCAGGACAAGCAGCCCACAGACAUCCCUCUCCAUUAUCAUUACCAUUAUCACCAAACUAACACAAAUCACUCUUCCUUUCCUCCUUUGUUUUCACUUCUCCACCAACCCUCUGUGCCUUUUUAUCCCAUUCUAUUAAAAUUCCCCCCUCAUCCGUCCCUUUGGCCCAAACUCAAUCCAUCAUGUCCCCUGUCUGAUCUGAUUCAGCAUGGCCCCUGAGCCACAUUCCUUCUGAAUCCCUCAUCCACGCUGCGUGUUUAGACUGCCGUCUUCAGAGUCUGAGCGCUUCGAUGUGAGUCUGAUAAGUGUCCAGUCUGCCAGACAUCACAUCACGCCCCGAGUCUUCGCUCAAUUUCACAUCACACAGACACAGACUAUGCAGUCGCUACAAUCCCAUAAUGCCCUGCUCAGCAUGCUGGCUGCUGGAAUAUCCUAAAUGAUCACAGAUUAUGUGAGUGUCUCUCUCAUAUUGAGAGUAAAGCCACAGCUCUGCAUCUCUUUGUAACUCUGCUGCUUGGCUGGGCACAGGAAUGAGCGCGGCGGUGGUGCACAGAGGAUUCCUCAGGAAAUAUGGUGGCUUCAUGUUCAAACAAUGGAAGGAAAAGUACCUGGUGUUGACGGUGGAAGGAAAUCUGAUGGUGUGCCGAGAUGCAGACUCACCUCCGGACCAGGUGGUGGCGCUGCAGAGUAACUGUGAGUCCAUAGUGGAGGGUAAGGAAAUCUUAGAUUUGCCCCGUUUGCCCUCUGGAGGCCGCAGAGACAGCUGCUUCGCCCUCAUCCUGCCCCAAGACAAGUUCCUCCUCCUGCUCUCAGACAGUCCAGACGAGUGCACUCAAUGGCUGAAGUUACUCAGAAAGGUGAAAGAGGGUGUGACUUCACCACUUGCCCUGAAGAGACAGCAGAGCAUCACACCCUGCAUCACGGACAGAGAGCCGCUUCCAGACGUCUCCAGUGACAAAGACCCCUCGUCCCCGCACCUCAGUGACAAGGGCCUGAGCUCCCCGCUGGUCCGCUCCAGAGAAAACUCCUUCAGACACAGAGGCAGCGUAAACCAGCGGCCUCCCCGCAGCCCCACCACGGCUGUGCCCCUUCGCUCUGCAGACUGUCUGCGGCACGGAAACAGCAGCGACGCUCGGGCCGUGAGAGCGGUCUGUCUGCUGAUGGGUGGAGCAGCCGCAUCCUCGGCACUGGGAUACCUCAAUUCCUGUCCACCCUCCUCCUCCAACAUGGCCGUCCAUGCUCCUGAAGUGACCCACUCCACAGGAUUAUCAGAGAUGAGCGGAGGCAGCUCUUACCAUGCCUGCAGCCAAGCCAUAGAGUCACCGCAUUUUAACAGCUUCGACUUUGAGGGAGAUUCAGAUUUUGAUGCUUUUGACUGUGGAGGGUUUGCUUUUUAAUGGAAUAUGUUUACUUUAUUCGCAGGGUUCCCAGUCGUGGAAAUGUUAGGGAAUUAGAAAAUUUUUAUUUUAAGGACCAGAAAGGUAUGGAAAUGCAUAAACUCUUUAAAAAGUCAUGAAAAUUCCUGUGGGUAUAUGUCUUCAGGAUUGUAGACAUGUGUGCAGACUACUAUAUGUUUUUUAAUGCAUAGUAGUUAAAAGCAUCUGGAAAAAAAUCAUACACAUUUAUUGUCCAUAUGAUUUUGGAUGCUGCAUACUGUCAGGGAUUCUGCACGAUCACAAUCACCACCACAGUCACCAGCCCCUACACACACCUGAGUUUUGGUCACCCACACCUGCACUCUGUAAUCAAGACCUCUUCAUAAACCUCCACACUCAGUCUCCCAUUGUCUGAACUUCAAUUCACUUAUCUGACUCUCUCGUGGUACUAACCUGUCUGUAUUUAUCCCCAGACGCUCCAGUGCUCUCCCAAUCCUGUUUUCCUUGACUCCAGCACAAUUCCCGGUCAACCUUCAAAGGAUACUACACCAAUCACCUCAGAACCCAAUAACUGUUUGUGUUUCUACUCCCCUCUUGACUGUUCCUGCCAUUGCAUUCUGAAACUCAUUCAAUAAACAUACCUGUUAUUGGACUAA